GCUCUGGGACGGACACAAGUGAGAAGCGACUGGCUCCGUCGGACUACUCACUUCGUCAUCACAACUAAUCAUCAUUACCUAGUGAUUUUCUUUUUCUUUAUUCAAAUGCAAAAAUAGUCUAUUUCCCGAAAGUCCGGCUUUCUCCGACCAUUUUGUUGUGAAACGUGCACAAAAUGGCGACCAACUACACAGAUGACAUCGGCCCAGUGGCCUGGCCAUUAAAAAUGGUCUCACAAGAAGUGGUAGAGCACAUGCUAGGCUGGAACAUUCCAGAAGAGCACCAGGCCAUGGUCCACGACCACUGGCGAGACUUCCCAGCAGUGAGCAAGUACUGGCACUUCGGAUUAGCAUUUAUCUACUCCUGCCUGUUUCUGGCUUCGUUAUCAGGAAAUGGAAUCGUUAUAUGGAUAUUUAGCACAUCAAAGUCACUACGCAGUGCAAGCAACAUGUUCGUAAUCAACCUAGCACUAUUCGACCUUACAAUGAUGCUGGAAAUGCCGUAUCUUGUGAUCAACUCCUUCCAUCAAAGGGUGGUGGGAUACCAGCUGGGGUGUGAUAUAUACGGCGUGCUGGGCUCACUGUCGGGCAUUGGAGGCGCUAUCUCAAACGUCAUCAUUGCCUAUGAUAGAUAUAAGACAAUAUCAAGUCCACUGGACGGACGACUGUCACGAGUGCAAGCAUCGCUGCUCAUCCUGUUCACUUGGCUGUGGGCUCUGCCAUUCACUUUCAUGCCUGCCUUCAGGGUCUGGGGCAAAUUUGUGCCAGAGGGCUUCCUAACAACAUGCUCCUUCGACUACUUCACGGACGACACCGACACCAGGCUAUUCGUCAUGUGCAUAUUCAUCUGGAGUUACGUCAUUCCGAUGGUUUCAAUAUGCUUCUUCUACUCUAGACUCUUCAGUGCUGUCCGUCUCCACGAGAAAAUGCUAAAGGAGCAAGCUAAGAAAAUGAACGUGAAAUCCCUAGCCGCGGGCAAGGAAGACGCUGGCAAGAGUGUGGAGAUCAGGAUCGCUAAAGUGGCCUUUACUAUCUUCUUCCUAUUCGUCUGCUCGUGGACGCCGUACGCAUUCGUCGCAAUGAUAGGGGCUUUUGGAGACAGGAGCCUGCUAACACCGGUUGCGACGAUGAUACCAGCGGUGUGUGCGAAAGUUGUAUCCUGCAUAGACCCAUGGGUGUAUGCCAUCAACCACCCUAGAUAUCGGGCGGAACUGCAAAAGCGGUUACCCUGGAUGGGCGUCCGGGAGCCAGACCCUGACAGCGUAUCCACCACCAGCGGCGCCACCGCACAGACGCAGAACCCGGCAGCCGAGGCGUGAAGCGACCAUACGGCGAACUGACUAUAGCGAUCACAUAGAUUAAAGACUCUACCACACCUUUGCAUAAUUCCUGGAUGCCUGGUACGCUUCUACCUCUCGCUAUGAAUUUUUUUAUUUUAGUAUUGAAGUAUUGGAAUAUCUGUCUCAGAAGAUCUAGCUCCAGGUUGAAAUAACCAACUUAAUAAACAAUUUCAUUUCUCUUUAAACACGCUAGCUAUGCCAGUUGUUUCAGCAAAGUAUCUGAAAACUAUGCGACCAGCUUCCUCCUUCAAGGCAUUGAUAGUUCCUAAGAUACUGGUGUUCAUAGGCGGCGGUAAUCAUUUAACAUCAGGUGACCCGCUUGUUCAUUUGCUCGUUAUUUAUAAGAACAAAGCACCGCUGUUACCUACUUUAUAUACCUUCUUUCAAUAUACCUUCAAACAAAGAGUUUAAUAACUUCUUAUCUUCAAGACAUUGAAAUCGAAACGUACGAGUUAAUACGGUUUGAACCCAAUGUUAUUUAUGGAGGAAAGUUUUCCGGAAUCAUGAAUCUAUGUGGUAGAGCCUUAAAUCGUUUACGGACCAAUGAGUUAAUGUUAACAAGAGUAACUUUUUAUUGUAUAAUAAUAUUCAAACAAAGAUUGUUUCGUUUUAAAUCGUUAAAUACUUUGUAAACUUCGACUAAUGUAACGAAAUAUGCAUGCCAUUGGACGCUGAUAUAUUUUUAUACUUAGACUAUUGUAUACAAAGCAAAAUUAUUUUAAACUAGAACGUUUUUACAUUACCUAUAUUAAUCGAAAGCCGUGUACAUUUUUUACUCUUUUAAACUUAGUAGUAUAAGUUUGACCGAUCAAUAUAUCUUGUGGGAAAGCGUUCUAUUAUGCGAUAAUUUUUUGUGACGAAAAGAGAAAUGAAAAAAUACUUUAAAAAAAUCGAACCGAUAACGACGACUCUGGCAAAUAUGACAUAAGUAAAACGAAUAAAGAAGUUUUGCAGUA